GUAUGGCCAUGAGUGCAGAGGCCGUUCCAUGGCGAUCUGGUCGGGCCUGCUUCGUUGUUGAGAUCUUGGAGAUGAGAGGACCGGGUCGCGAAGGCUUGGAGAUUGGAAUCACCGAUGCAAGCCCAGAGAGUUUCAGAGCACAUCCAACAUACGCCGUGCUGUCACGACCUUCCUGGGUGAGCAGUGAUGCCGGUCGCUGCUGGCGCCAUGGACAACGGGUAGAUCCUCGUCUCCCGGAGUGGUCUGACCUGCGGCCUAUUAAUCUCAAAUCCGGGGACCAGGUGCAGUUCUGUCUAGAUACGACUGGUGGCAUCGAGGUGUACGUGAAUGGCAAGCUGCAGGUGCAGUGGCAGCAAUCGGACACCGGCGCCCCGAUCUUCCCCAAGCCAGUGUAUGCUUUGGUUGGGCUCAGGUCUCCUUUGAUGGCUCUUUCCCUGCAACUCGGGGAGGCCCCACCAGGUGAUGCCUCCGGAUCGUGA